CCCGGCACCCCAUACCAAGAUGUCCGAGACACGGUCCGUCAUGGACGCGGCUCCCGGCGACACCGUGCCAACAGCCACCGGUCACGGUCUGCAUGGCAUCCCCGUGCUCAUCACGCCUUUCCACCAGCCGGGUGGCGCCGCCGCGUCGACAGAGACGAUGCGCACGGCGUUCCAGGGCUUCCUCGUCCUCCAGGGGCAGGGGGGGGCCAAGGAGGACGAGCGGAAGAAGUGGUUCAGGGAGAUGCGCGGGUGGCUGAUGGUGCUGGCGACCGUGGCGGCGUCGGUGACCUACCAGGCCGGCCUGAACCCGCCCGGCGGGUUCUGGCAGGACACCAAGGAGGGCCCCGGCGGGCACCGCGCCGGCAACCCGGUGCUGCGCGACGAGCACUGGGUUCGGUACGUCAUCUUCUACUACUUCAACGCGACGGCGUUCGUGACGUCGCUGGUGAUCAUGGUGCUGCUCAUGAGCGAGCGGUUCUACCACGGGGAGGCCAAGGUGGUGGCGCUCAUGCUCACCACCUUCGUCGACCUCGCCAGCCUCGUCGGCGCCUACAUCGCCGGCACCACGCGCUACGCCACCUCCUGCGUCUACAUCGUCGUCAUCACCUGCGUCUCCUUCAUCUGCGUCGUCUACAUCGGAGAGGCUAUGGGGGAGAUAUGCGCCUUCGUCCUGAAGAAGAUAAAGUGCAUGCGUAAUCUGGCGAAGCGGAAGUGGUUCCCGGUGCCGGCGGGUGUGGUGACGAGAUCGCUGCCGGACGAGGAGGCGGAGGAACGCAGGAAGACAGCGGCGAGGAGCAAGCGCCCCACUUGCUGCCUGUGCUGUGGGCAGUCACCGACGACGUCUGAUAGGCGCGACGUGGAGGUGCAGUAGUGAUCCGGUCGACUAAGCUGUUCGCCAUGCACGUAUCAUCUCUAGCUUCUUCGUGUUCUCAGACUGUUCAUUUGUCUUUGGUUUUCUGGUUGGUUUAGUUGCUUCGUUGCCAAGAUAUGUGCGUCUAGGUGAACUUGUCGGUGUCUAUAAAGGAGCGACUAUUUUUAAGUCGCCUGAUAUUUUUUACGGUUUUGCACUUUUGCUAAGAUCGACUGAGACUUCAGCUCUUA